AUGCUCAAGCGGUUGCCGGCUCAAGCCCGCCUUAACGAGGUGAAGAAGCUUUCGGCGUCCAUCUUCGGCCACACCUGGAACCCCUCGUGUGCUCGCAACGGGGCCAAGGUGUUGCGUGCGCCGCUUAAAGGCCCCGAGGUCGUGAAGUACUACGGGGAAAACUCGGCGAUGCCGACGUUUAAGGACUUCAAACAGUGGUUCCCUGAAUUGAACUUGGUGGACCCGAAGGAACAGUACCGUCUUAAGAUGGUCGCUGACCGCAAGAAGCGCAACAAGGGUGCUCCCAAGAAGAAGAAGUCCUAA